AUGGGCCAUUCGCUGACUGAAGUGGCGGCGACGGACCUGUAUGAACGCGUGAUCGCCGAGUUCGGAUCGAACCGGCCUCAAGACCAAGUGGACCGCACACUACGACACAAACCACCCGAGUACUUUGACGUGAUAGCUCAGCGACUUCGUAAGCGUCUGGCGCUGUACACUGGCGUCACCACCGUCGACGAAUCAUCCUCAUUACCACUUGAUCCUGAGGACGCAUCGACCUCUCCAUCUGCCGACACUCAAGCAACAGCCUCCGCCGCACCAUUCCCGUCAACGAAUCACCCUGAUGACAGCAACGUCCCACAGAUGCCACUACAACUGCCAUCUCUGUUGCUCAUUCCCAACCGCCAGCACCCUCCAUUUCACGUCGACUUGAACGCUAUCGGCCGCCCUGCCCCGACAAUGGCCAAUCCACAUCAACCUUCCACCGACACUACCGGUAUGCUGCCAUCCUUAUGGGACAGGUCCAAAGCUCCCAGACGGGGUCGGCCCAAGGGAAGGACCGCGGCGCCUCCAUCGUCCGCAAGCGAACCCAGUAUGGCGAUACUAGUACCUCCUCCUACUAGUACUACUACUAGUAGCAGUAUCCCACCCCCCCGCGGCGGCCUCGUUGGAGUGUACGCGACGACCAAAUUCACCCCGCGAACAUGCAAACGGCAGUUUGCCCUUGUGGCAGCCCUUGUGCGUCUGUACGAACCUUGGCGUCCGACCUCGGAAUGGACGACUAGUAGUACUACUACUCCUCCUAGUACCCCACACGAGAUGUCGUCUGCGACGAUGGUCAUGGUGGCUAUGAAUAACGAUACCCCCGAAUGGGCUGUGGCUACCAUCGUUCCAGACACCGAUGAUGACCAACAAGGUGGUGGGGUGCUGGUGCAACUGGUAGAGUCAGGGACUCAAUCUCGAGUGCCACGUCAUCACAUAUUUGUGGGCGUCGAUCACUUUGUCGCAUUUUCGGGCACGGCCGUGGUGCAAAUCAAGGAACAAUCUGCUGCUGCAGGUGUACAGGAGGCGAUUGUAUGACGUCAACCCAGAGGACCGCGACCAGAUAGAAACUUUAAGAACUAGUUACUUUGGUCAUAUUUAUUGGGCAUAUCGAGGGCUAAUUAGGAAUGAGGCCAUUUGCAAGUAAACAAG